AUGGGUCCUUCGACACUGCACAAGCUCUCUCUGGUCUGCCUCAUCUCAAGCAGAGUCUCCGCUUCCGCAGCGCUGGCCACCGCUCUUGAAGCCGCUCAAGCUGUUGGCCUGCUGCGCCGACAGGAAGGCACUUGCGGCGGGGAUGCGUCUCUCUCACAAUGUAGUGGAGACCUUCCAUCCGACUUCUGCUGUCCGAGCUCUUCGACAUGUACCAAGCUCAACAGCACGGAGACAUCCGUAAUAUGCUGUCCACGCGGCGCCAACUGUGGCUUUAUCCGGCCCAUAAACUGCGAUCUCCAACAGCAGAACGCAACGCUCCAUCCAACGAAUCCAAUUCAUACCACUGAGCUCGACGGAUCACUCCCGAAAUGCGGCGACGCGUGCUGCCCGUUUGGCUUCGCGUGCGAAGAUGGCAUGUGCAAGAUGCUCACCACCGCUCCCACACCCGGCAGCCCCAGCACGACCGUCUCGCUCGCCGUCCCCACCUCCGCGCAAACCGGUGCCGCCAUCUCAACCAUUCCAGCGACAUCCUCGCCGCCCGCCUCCUCUUUCCCCGCGAAAGCCGUCCUAGCCGGCCUCUUCCCCGGCCUCGCCCUCGGCAUCAUCCUAACCCUCGCCAUCUUUUUCCUCCUCCAACGCCGUAGAGCCAAAAAGGCGCGCUACUCCGGCGACUUCGGCCCCGUCUCCCGCACCGUGAGCGACCCGAUCUACAACCCCGCCAUGAGCGCGCGCACCGAUUUUCUGCGCCGUCAGAACAGCACCAGUGCCAGCCAGAGGCACAGCCGGAACGGCAGCGGCGGCAGCAGCGACAGCAACCGCCCGCUCGCGACGCCAGAAAACGCCCACGGAGGCGGAAGAUACUACACCUCCGCGCGCAGCACGCCGACCGUGGUCCCCUCGCCAGGUGUCCCGGUGAUCGGCCUCGUAAAGGGAGGACGGCUCUCUCGCCUCCCCUCCCGCCCCAGGACGCCGAAAAUCCGCUCGCUCUUCGCGCCAAAGUCGCCGCACCCUGCGCAGGCGCAGCAAAUGACGUCCUUCCCGUCCUCAGCGCCCGACGCCCGCCGCGCUGCGAAUCCCGCGCGGGAUCCAUAUCGCACGCCGACGCGGCAGAUGCGCAGCCGCAGCGUGCUGUCGGAUGAGCGGCCGAAGACGGGGAGUACGGAGACGAUCGACGUGUUGAUGCCUGGGCUGAGCUUUUUGCAGGCGCCGCCGCCGAUUGGAGAGGGAGGAAGAGGGGAGAGGCCGAUGACGGGGAACACGACGUUCAGUCGGCUUAUGGAGGAUGCGGGGUUUGGGCGGGAGAGUAGGGACAGGAUUGGUGGUGGGCCGGGAUUUGCGAGGUGA